GCACGCAUGCACACACACACACACACACACACACAUCGAUUACCCCUGGGUCACAACGCUCUACCCCCGGUUAUGGCAGGAGUCGCCAGAACAUCUCCAUCCCGUUCAAAGCCGAUCUGAAGCUCGCAGGAAUGGCAGCAUUCAAAGCGCUGUCUGGACCAAACGUCUACAGCAGUUUAGCGGCAGCUUGCAGAUUUAAGAUCAGCGUCAGCCCGAAGUCUGUCUACAAGGGACACUGGAGUGUGGCGUGUGGCUGUUAUUUCUCCACGUCUGUGGGCCGAGGGGCGCGGUUCUACACAGACCCCACAGAGGCAGUGAGGGACAUCCCCGAUGGGGCCACACUGCUGGUGGGAGGCUUCGGCUUGUGUGGGAUUCCAGAGAACCUCAUAAACAGCUUACUGAAAACCGGAGUGAAGAGACUGACUGCUGUCAGCAACAAUGCCGGGGUGGAUAACUUCGGGCUCGGGCUGCUUCUUCAGUCCAAGCAGAUAAAGCGAAUGAUCUCAUCCUACGUGGGGGAGAACGUGGAGUUCGAGAGGCAGUACCUGGCUGGGGAGCUGGAGGUAGAGCUCACACCCCAGGGCACGCUGGCGGAGAGGGUACGAGCCGGGGGUGCGGGUAUCCCUGCCUUCUUCACCGCCACAGGGUACGGCACCCUGAUCCAGGAGGGCGGCUCACCCAUCAAGUACAACAAGGACGGCAGCAUCGCCAUCGCCAGCGACAGGAGGGAGGUUCGGGAGUUCAAUGGCAGACAUUACAUCCUGGAGCGGGCCAUCACAGGAGACUUCGCUCUGGUCAAAGCCUGGAAAGCCGACCACGCCGGAAACAUCAUUUUCCGGAAAACAGCAAGAAACUUCAAUCAGCCCAUGUGCAAGGCAGCCGGAGUGUCAAUUGUGGAGGUGGAGGAGUUGGUUGACGUGGGGACAUUCGCGGCGGAGGACAUCCACAUCCCGAGCAUUUACGUGGACCGCAUCGUGAGUGGCGGCACCUACGAGAAGAGGAUCGAGAAGCGCACGGUUCAGAAGAGCCAGUCCCAGACGCCCAAACCCAAGCGGGAAUCGGACCUGGUGCGGGAGCGGAUCAUUCGCCGGGCGGCGCUGGAGUUUCAGGAUGGAAUGUUCGCUAACCUGGGCAUCGGGAUCCCUAUGCUAGCCAGCAACUUCAUCUCACCGGACAUUACCGUCCACCUGCAGAGUGAGAACGGCAUUCUGGGACUGGGUCCCUACCCCACUGAGGAGCAGGUGGAUGCUGACCUCAUAAACGCUGGUAAAGAAACGGUCACCGUGCAGCCUGGGGCCGCCUACUUCUCCAGCGACGAGUCCUUCGCCAUGAUCCGGGGAGGUCACAUCGAUCUGACCAUGCUGGGGGCCAUGCAGGUGUCCAAGUAUGGAGACCUGGCCAACUGGAUGAUCCCGGGGAAGAUGGUGAAGGGGAUGGGAGGGGCUAUGGACCUGGUGGCCAGCACGGGAACCAAAGUGGUCGUCACCAUGGAGCACUCUGCUAAGGGCGGCAAGCACAAAAUCCUGGAGAAGUGCAGCCUGCCACUGACUGGGAAACAGUGUGUGGAUCGUAUCAUCACAGAGAAGGCUGUCUUUGACGUGGACAAGACCAAAGGCCUGACCCUCAUUGAGGUGUGGGAGGGGCUUACGCCAGAUGACAUCAGGGCUUGUACAGGCGCAGAGUUUGCGGUGUCUCCAAACCUCCGGCCAAUGCAGCAAAUAUAAAAUUCAGAGGCCCAAAAUAGCACAGGGAAGAGACGCUGGCCUCACAGGCCGAGCCAUCUUCAUAAAAAUGCCCCUGUUUAUGUUGUCAUACGCACAAAAAUGGAAGAAUCCAGAUGGACGAAUCCUGGACCCAUGAACAUGAGGAACAUCAGGCACUUGAUGUAUUUGCCUAAAGAACAGAUCCACAAAUAUCAGGAUUAUGUUUUACUGUGCUGCAUUGAAACAAUAUUUUAUUCUGAUUAUGUUUCACAGUUCAUUCAUUUGUGUUUACUUAGAAAAAUUACA